AUUCCCCACAUCAGGACAACCAUGUAAGUCCUUACAUGAGUGGGAGCCAGUCUGUAAGUCCAGCCCCACUGACCACACCAAGAUACUCACCUCUGCCCAGGAGCCUGACGGCAGACGAAGAUGUUCCCAGGGAACCCAGGCGAGUUGUUCUACAAAGGGGUUCCACGGGUCUUGGCUUUAACAUUGUUGGAGGGGAAGAUGGAGAGGGGAUCUUCAUCUCUUUCAUACUGGCUGGAGGUCCAGCUGAUCUCUGUGGAGAGCUAAGAAAAGGAGACCGCAUCCUGUCGGUGAACGGCGUGGACCUUUCCAUUGCAACACAUGAGCAGGCAGCUGCAGCUCUAAAGAAUGCUGGACAAACGGUCACUAUCGUAGCUCAGUAUAGACCUGAUGAGUACAGUCGUUUUGAGGCCAAAAUCCAUGACCUGAGGGAACAAAUGAUGACCAGCAGUGUCAGCUCCAGCUCAACCUCUCUCCGCUCCACACAGAAACGCACACUUUACGUCAGGGCUUUGUUCGACUAUGAUGGAAGUGCUGCAGAUCUGAGUGCACCCAAUCAGGCUCUGCCAUUUAAUUUUGGAGACAUCCUCCAUGUGAGCAGCGCUGGUGAAGAGGAGUGGUGGCCCGCCCGUCACCUUAGCCCCCCACCCCCAAACUGUCCUGAAGUUGGACUCAUCCCCAGCCGAAGGAGAGCAGAGAAGAAGGAGAGAUCGAGGCUAAAGAUGGUCAGAGUGUCGAGGUCUCAGGACAGAUCGGAUCAGGAAGAUAAAGCGCUGGUAACCUCUGGCACCAGUGAUAGUGAGAGUAGUUCCUCUGGCCAGGAAGAGGUCCUCCUCACUUACCAGCCUGUUGUGCAGCAGGAAGUUAAUUACACACGGCCAGUCAUUGUACUUGGACCAAUGAAAGACCGGGUCAAUGAUGAUCUGAUCUCUGAGUUUCCAGAAAAGUUUGGAUCCUGCGUUCCACACACAACACGGCCACGAAGAGACUACGAGGUGGAUGGCAGAGAUUAUCACUUCAUGUCCUCCAGAGAGCUGAUGGAGCAAGAGAUUCAGGAACACAAGUUCAUUGAGGCUGGACAGUAUAAUAACCACCUCUAUGGAACCAGCAUACAGUCUGUCAGAGAGGUCGCCGAUAAGGGGAAGCACUGCAUCCUGGAUGUAUCUGGGAAUGCGAUAAAGCGUCUCCAGAUGGCAGGCCUCUAUCCCAUCGCUAUCCUCAUUAGACCACGUAAUGUUGAAAACAUCCUAGAGAUGAACAAACGUUUGACAGAGGAUCAGGCAAGGAAAGCCUUCGACAGAGGCAUCAAACUGGAGCAUGAGUUUGCAGAGUACUUCACUGCGAUAGUCCAUGGCUCAUCUUUAGAGGAAAUUUACUCCCAGGUCAAGCAAAUCAUUGAGGAGCAGUCUGGUCCUUACAUCUGGGUGACCACCAGGGAGCGACUUUGAAUAAACACACACAUAUGAAAUAUCCAUGCACACAUCACUGUAUCAACAUAAUUUUUUUUUCUAUUAUCAGCCUGCUUCCUCUGUUUUGCAUUACUGCACACACAUGUAUUUACACAAGCACACAAUAUUGGAGUGGCUGGGACUAUCUGGGACUUCACCUUCCUGAAGUGGGGGACCUCAGGUCUGUCCAGCAGCGUUCUGGUGGAUCUUCCUUCAGCUUGGUUCCUUAAUGUUUAAGGAGUUGGUUCAAAUCAAGGCAGCCUGUACCAUGAGCUGAUUUAUUUCACUACUGUUCUUCUUAUUGUUGUUGUCGUUGUUGUUUUCAUAUUAACAAAGAGUAAUGCAUUCAUGUAUUGGUUUGUAAUGAUAAUAUUGUCACCAAGAGGCAGACUUUUGCACGCUGUAGCUUUAAGAGCAUGUUUUUGGGACAAAAAUCUUGGUCUGAUCCCUGUAUGUCUCUCUGUCUGUCUAUUGUUCCAGGUGACAUUGCAAAUAUUUUUAGAUUUUGUUUUCUCUUUAGUUCAUUUCUCAUCCCUUUGUCCCCUCCUUUUCUCUCCUUACACUCUUAUACCAUUAUAUAUGAGAUGAUAAUAUCUAUUGUAAUUCUACCUUGCCCCAUAAUUCUGGCAUUGAAAGCUACCAUUGCUGGUUGAAGUAUAAAAAAAAAUGUCAAAUCACUUUAGAGAUUUGGGGACUAAUAACCUUCAAUUUAUAUGUAUCAUCUGUUACCACAGCUUAUUUAAGCAUAUUAGUUUUUCAACAUAGAAUUUAGAGAAUGACUUCAACAUUUAUAAGGCUCAAAUGAAAUUGAAAAAGCAGUCUGCAGCUUUUAGUUUUGUUUUUUUUAUAAUCAAUUACUGUACCAUCUAACUACCAAAAAAAAAAAGACUUUAUGUCUUCAAUCUGACCCAUAUUUAUUUCGUUUGUCAGGCCUCUCCCAAUAUAAGCAGUGGCCAGAUGAGCAAAAGCACUAAUAAUUUUUUUUUGUAAAACAUAAACAAUCAUAGUUCUUGUGUUUCCAGCGCAGCCCAGGAUUUACGGCCAACCUUUUUUUGCUCAUUUACCCUCUAAUCUGUUAUUAACUAUACAAAACAUAAGGAAAACAUUUUGAAAACUGGUCUUGCAUCUCUAAUGGAUAGUAAGUACACUAAAAAGAUCAGAACCAAAGAUAUUCCGUAUUUGUGGGGUUUGAAAAACAGGAAUAAAGCAAUGGGAAAUUGGUCUAUCCAAAUAAUUAAAAUAAUAAAGGUUAAAAACUUUUAUAUUUUUUGCUUAACUAAAUAUACAGAGUUGAGAGAUUUGUGCUUGUUUAAUAACCAUAUAGAGUUGAGAGAAGAUUUGUAUGAAAUAUAUUAAAGCUAAUAAAUCAAAUUAAAGUAAAUUAAUAAAAUAUCACAAUCUGACUUUAAAAGAGGAAAAUAUUUUUUUUUUUUUCAUUCAUAUAAUUGAAAAGUGUCAUUUUUAUAUUUAAGUUAAGGGACUUGGAUGUGCUCCCUUCCAAGUCUUCCAGACUUAAUUUUCCUUUUCUUUACUUAUUCUGACUUAAUGUCCAACUCUCAUAUCUGUGUUUCUCGUCGUAACACCAGCUUAAACAGUGUAUCGGCUUCUUCAUCCCCAUUGUCAUCCCAUCCAUUAUCAUCGUCACAGUCUUUGUAACAGCUUCCCCUCCUAAUGAUAGUUGCACUAAUGAGGGCUGAUUUCCUAAAAGCAUCUUGCGUUAAAUUGUUUUGUUUAUUGAUUAUGAAGGAUGCAAAAGGGCAGUUUUUGGGAAGGUUUUUACAUAUUUGUAGUAUAUAAAGACAUCACAUGUGCCCUACAGGUAAAAGUUUGUUACGCUCAGUUAAUACUCAGCAUCUUUUAUGUUUGUUUUAUUUUUUCUGCUGAGAGUUUAUUUUUCUUUUUAAGUUUGUUGUCCUUAUGCCCAUAAAAAUAUCUGAGCUAGUCCCAUGUGUGACCUCAGCACUCAGCUCAAUAUGCUGUGGGGUUUUUUUCACCUCCAUAAAUACCAACUAAAGCUUUGGCUUCACUAGUUUCUCCUUGUCACAGAAACUAAACUUUCGAGUCCAUGUGACAGAAUGUGUGAGAAACACUUUUGCUGAGUGUUGAGGUCAGGAAUUAAAAUCACCUGAAAUGUGAUGAUAAUUUGUUGUGGAGUAUAAAAACUCUCUUGCUCUUGAUGACACAGCCCUUGUAUGCUUGUAUGGACCUUGUCAGCCACCCACUCCCCCAUUCCACUGUAAACCCCUGGGGCAACACUUCCAAGCUGACUGGAGGACAGAGAUGUACAAUGGAGCCGUUCUGUCAGCAGAGGAGCCCUUAAAUAGUAAAAAAAAUUAUUUUGACCAAAUGUUUUGAAAUUUUAACACUUUCUCAAAGAAUGUUCUGCUGAACUCAUGAUUUCUCAUUUACAUUUUCCCAUUAAUCGCAGAAAAUAAUUUUUAUUCAUCAGCUGAGAGAACGGAAACCUCUGUAUGACUCUGGCUGUGUGUUUCUUCCAGGGGACUAUGCCACUGUUUGUUAGAGUAAAGCACCGAUGCAAAGAAUCUAUUAAAGAGAUGUAUCUAUAUCUGACAUAAUAUAAUAUUUAUCCCUGCUCUAACUGCCUAUUUUGGUACGAAAAAAUAAAAGGCUUUAUUGAGCUUUACUGCAGUCCCUUUACCUGUGACAAGAGGUGACUAUUCUUUCCUUUACUGUAUUGGAUGCUGAUGUUAAUUAUUUCAAUUGAUUAAUGAAUU